UUGGCUAGACGUUGUGCUCGGAAGCGGAAUAUCCCUGUUGGCUUUUUUCAUCAUAAACAAAGCAAAAUGGUUUGAUUGUGUUCAGUGGAAUAUCGUUUCAUGUAGCCAAACAGCCUCGUUUUUACUUUAUAUCCUCUGUUUGUGCUAGAAUACGUUAUUGUCGUUUGUGUUAGCUGACUAGCUAAUAAGCCAGCUAACAGCUAAGGUUGUUUUGAUUAUUAAUGUGAACACCAACGUUGCAUCUACGGUGUCUGGACUCGGUUGUCCAGAGCUAAUACAAACCGCCGAAAGAUCUUUUCCGUAUAAUCCAGUGGAAUGACGAAAUUAUUUUUUGUCUCCGAAGUAAAGGAUACAGUUGAUGUAAAUCGUGAGAUUUACACCAGCUAGCUGGUAACCUAACGUUAACGUCAAACGGCAGUCACCAAGCUUUCGCUAUCUCUGCUGGGGACCCUCUGGUUCGUCCCUUACCCCGAACAGUGGACUUCUGGCGAGCUGAAAAAGCUCUCUGUGAAUCGGAUCCAAUGCGUGGGAUGAUGGGGACCCAGAGUAGUCCUGUAAAGAGUUACGAUUAUCUCCUAAAAUUUCUUUUGGUGGGAGACAGCGAUGUCGGCAAGGGAGAAAUAUUGGAAAGUUUGCAAGAUGGCUCAGUAGAGUCUCCUUACGCCUACAGCAGUGGGAUUGAUUAUAAAACCACCACGAUUCUGCUGGAUGGGAGAAGAGUGAAAUUAGAGUUAUGGGACACAUCAGGGCAAGGCAGAUUCUGCACCAUCUUCAGGUCUUACUCUCGUGGAGCACAGGGCAUCCUGCUCGUGUAUGACAUCACUAACGGCUGGUCAUUUGAUGGCAUUGACCGUUGGAUUCGGGAAAUUGACGAGCAUGCCCCAGGUGUACCCAGAAUACUGGUGGGAAACCGACUUCACCUGGCUUUCAAGCGGCAGGUACCAACCGAGCAGGCAAGGGCUUAUGCAGAGAAGAACAGCAUGACUUUCUUCGAGGUCAGUCCGCUCUGCAACUUCAACGUCAUUGAAUCCUUCACAGAGCUUUCACGCAUCGUGCUGAUGAGACACGGGAUGGAGAAAUUUUGGCGACCCAACAGAGUCUUCAGCCUCCAAGAUCUGUGCUGCCGUUCGAUAGUGUCCUGCACACCGGUGCACCUCAUUGACAAACUGCCCCUCCCUGUCGCCAUCAAGUCCCACCUCAAGUCUUUCUCUAUGGCCAAUGGUAUGAAUGCAGUCAUGAUGCAUGGACGCUCCUACUCGGUGGCCAACAGUGCAGCCUCGGGUGGCAGCGGCGGUGGAAGCAAAGCCAACAGUCUCAAACGCUCAAAGUCCUUCAGGCCUCCACAGAGUCCUCCAAAGAACUCGUCGUCUUCCUCAAAGGGGAACUGUAAGAUUUCAUAGUGAAGAAGUGGACUAAUGGUUGCCUCCAUAGGACCAAUAUUAAAGGUGUUGUUGCUCCGAGAGGUCACGAGGCCAGAGAGGAGCAUGGAGAGCUGCCAGCUAUCUUCAUCAGAAACGGAUAUAGCUGCAAACUCACAUUGACCUAUGGGAACUGACAUGGAUGGCUGGGUUGUUUUCUGUUUUCUUUGCGCUUGCCAGUGCCAUCUUGUGGAUGUCCAUUUACUUGUACUCUUUACUACAGAAGCUCACUGUGAUCAAGUAGAACAAGAUUUCCCUGGGACCAACAGAUGUGAAUUUAAGGAUUAUCACUCACCUGUUAACACUACAAAUGAGUGGAGAGACAUUAGCUAGCUUUUAUGUGGAUCAGGAUUGUUUAUUGGUAUUUAAAGUUGACUUGAAGUUGUAAAUAUCCUGUAUGUGCUGUCGUUUUGGUCUGUGUGUAGUGAUUGUUCUUGGGGAGGAGCUUCUUGCGCUUGUUUUGUCUUGAAUGUUUUGGGAGCUUUGAUGCUUUGAUGUACAACUUAUUUGUGUGUCUUAUGCCCUUUGCCUACAGUAGAAAAUUCCCUUUACAGCCUCAAGAAUACUGAGCUACUUAUUUAAAACUCAGAUUAGUUCAGUUUUACAUAAGACCAGCUUAAAUUGAAUGUCAUGAGCUUGCAGGGAUACUUUCCCAGGUACAGUAGUUCUAGACUUAAGAAAAAUUCAGAUGAGUACUUCUGACAACACUGAAAAACACUCUUUAGUCUAGCACUACUUAUUCUGUGAAACUGUCCAGCAAAGACAAGCCAAGUUGUCUUGUUUGCAAGACUUUUUGUGGUGCCCCUGAAUUUUUAGCCCAAAUGAAUUCACCCUCCAUCUCCAUCAGUCAUCUAAUGGUCCUAGUUGUAUUAUUGCCUUAAAUGGUUUAAACCAUCAACAGCAUGAUCAAUAUGAAUCUGUUAACGCCUGGGGCAAUUAAAAGAUUGCUCGGUGCUGAUGAGGAAACCUUGUACAAACUCAGAUGUACAGCUUGUUUGCUCAAUUACGGCGUUUUGCCUUCAGAACCUUCUGCAGUGAUGUCUUGGUUCUUAACAGGACUGUGUAAACUCACAGGACACUGGUGUGAGGAACAUUUUAAUUGGAUUGAUUUUUGGAUAUUUUAUGUAUAUGCUAUGUAUUUAUGAAUGUAAAACAAUAUUCAUCUGCUACCUUUCAGUGGCCCUGUGGUAAUAUGUGGGACUGUAAGAAUCAGAGGUGGAAAGUCACUGAGUAGUGUAUCUGCUACUGUCAUAUUUUUAUUGAACAUUGCUGCUUGUCUGAGUAUUUGUACUUUUGCUACUUACAGUCUUACUUAAGUCUUAUUUCCCAACCUUCUUCAAAUGUGUGUAAAAUAAUAAUAAAUGGGGUUAUAAUGAUUGUUUACAGUACUUCUUUUUCUGGACACAAUGCAAGAGCCAUGUAAUGUCAAAGGAACUUAAAGACACGUUUUUAAAUCAGAGCGAACUAAUGAUACUUUUGUUUUAAUAAUUGAAUAAUCUACACAAAUAUAUGUGUUCUAAUAUAAAUUCUCAGUCUUCUUUCCACCUCUGAUUAACACAUGCUGUAUUUCCACUUCAACAUUCCCAGUGUCAUGGCUGUAUGUAUGUAUUAAGAUCAAUGAGUGCAUAAAAAAAAUCGGUGCAUGUUUCCUACUGGCGCCUGUUUUAUGUGGUGUAUGGUGUGAGACCAGUACAAUAGGCAAACAGAAACUCUUGGGUGAACAUUUAAAGCACUAUAUGAAACGUUUGAUACCGACCGUUGCUAUCAGAGCUGUGUGUCCAAAGUUUUGGAUACGGGCUGAAUUCAUUUUGUCUUCAUUGAAAACAGUCACCCAUCACAAUAAAGGGUACAACUACAA